UUUGUUUGGGAUGGUCUCAGUCCGCUCUGUAGCAGCCUCAGCAGUCGUCCAUCCGCUGUUAUUGGUGUUUUUUUACCUCGACAUUUCCAUGGUAACUGUCCUGUCUGAGCUCUGAUCGGCAGCAGUGCGUGAGAAUGGAGCUGGAGGAAAAAAACCCGGACCCUAAAUACGGGGAGUCCAGGAAGUUUGAUCCAAACUUCAAAGGGCCAAUCCACAACAGGGGCUGCACAGACAUCCUCUGCUGUAUUCUCUUCAUCCUCGCCCUGCUGGGAUAUUUUGCAGUGGGUAUUCUCGCCUGGUCCCAAGGUGACCCCAGGAAAGUCAUCUAUCCCACAGACAGCCGGGGCCAGUUCUGUGGACAAGCUGGGACGCCUAUGGAGAAGAAGCCUUUUCUGUUCUACUUUAACAUCCUGAAAUGUGCCAGCCCUUUGGUGCUGCUGGAGUUCCAGUGUCCUACCACACAGUUAUGUGUGGAGAAGUGUCCUGACAAACAUCUCACGCUGGUCCAAGCCAAAAUAAGCAACAAAGAUGACCAAGAAUAUUACAGACAAUACUGUAAGGAUGGAGUGGACUUUAACAAAUUGAGUCCUCCUGAGCUGCUGAAGGAGGGUUUGUGUCCUGCCAUGCUGAUGCAGAGUAAAGCCUUCACACGCCGCUGCCUUCCAGCCUUAGGAACCAUGAAAGGUGGGGUGGUGGUGGUCGGCAACCAGACGACUAUUAACGUCGAUGGAGUCAAUAUUAAUGCCACCGAUGUGCUGGAGGCGUCCAAGAAGUCAAAUGUGGUUGUUGAAGCUCGUCAAGUGGCCAUGAGGAUCUUUGAGGAUUACACUCAGUCCUGGCAUUGGAUACUGCUUGGUCUGGUGAUUGCUAUGCUUGUCAGCUUAAUUUUCAUCGUCCUGCUGCGGUUCUUGGCUGGCGUCAUGGUCUGGGUCAUGAUUGUCUUAGUUAUUCUGGUCAUUGGAUAUGGUAUUUUCCACUGCUAUAUGGAGUUUGCUGCGCUGAAGGGAGAACCUGGAGCUGAUGUGACCCUCCGUGACCUGGGCCUGCAGACAGACUUCGCCAUCUACCUGCAGAUCAAACAGACGUGGCUGGCUUUCAUGAUCAUCUUGGCUAUUGUUGAGGUCAUCAUCAUCCUGCUCCUCAUCUUCCUCAGGAAGAGACUCCUGAUUGCCAUUGCCCUCAUCAAAGAAGCCAGCCGGGCGAUUGGGCAUGUGAUGUCAUCAUUGUUCUACCCACUGCUGACCUUUGCCCUCCUCGCUGUGGUCAUUGCUUAUUGGGCCAUCACUGCAGUUUUCUUGUCCACCUCUAAUGAGCAGGUGUACAAAGUGUUCAACAACUCAGAGUGCGAGUUCUCACGAGAGACUUGCGAUCCAAAGACGUUCAACGUCUCCAAUAUCUCAGCUCAGUGUCCUGAUGCUGAAUGCCUGUUUGCCUUUUAUGGCGGUGAGACCCUCUAUCACAAAUACCUCAUCCUGCUCCAGUUUUACAACGUUUUCCUCUUCUUCUGGUGCGCCAACUUUGUGACCGCCCUGGGGCAGGUGACUCUGGCGGGAGCUUUUGCAUCAUAUUACUGGGCCUUUAAGAAGCCAGAGGACAUCCCUGCCUACCCCAUUUUCUCCUCACUGGGACGCGCCCUGAGGUACCACACAGGCUCCCUGGCUUUUGGCUCCCUGAUCUUGUCAUUGGUCCAGAUCAUCAGGGUCCUUCUGGAGUACCUGGACCACAAGCUGAAAGGUGCUCAGAACAAGUUUGCUAAAUUCCUGCUGAGCUGCAUGAAGUGUUGCUUCUGGUGUUUGGAGAAAUGCAUCAAAUUCCUGAACAGGAACGCCUACAUCAUGAUUGCCAUCUAUGGAAAAAGUUUCUGUACAUCAGCUCGAGAUGCCUUCUUCCUUCUCAUGCGUAACAUUAUCAGGGUGGCUGUUUUGGACAAAGUUACCGACUUCCUGCUGUUUCUUGGAAAGCUCCUCAUUGUCGGAAUAGUUGGGAUCUUCUCUUUCUUCUUCUUCUCUGGGAGGAUUAAAGCCGUGGAGGAUGCCGCUCCAUCGCUCAACUAUUACUGGGUGCCGAUACUGACGGUUGUUGUGGGAUCCUACCUCAUCGCCCAUGGCUUCUUCAGUGUCUACGCUAUGUGUGUCGACACACUCUUCCUCUGCUUCUGUGAGGAUCUUGAAAGAAACGAUGGCUCUUCUGAAAGGCCUUACUUCAUGUCCCCUGAGCUGCAUGAGAUCCUCUCCAAAACAAAGAGGCUUGAGGAAGAAGACCACGAUGGUGUUGACCAGCAGGAUGCUGCGAAGCAGGUGGAUGAGGUCAAAGUGGAGGAGGAAACCCCUCUUCAGCAGCAACAGGAUGGAGAGAUCCAACUGAAACAGCAGACGGUGCUGAAGCAGGACAACGAGGAAGAGCAGCCUCUGCAGACCAAAACGGAGGAUGAAGAACCAAAGGAGAAGGAGGAGAAGGCGGAGCUGGAGGAACCAAAAGUCAGUCAAACAGAGGCAGAGGGUGAAAAGCAAACAGAGCCCAAGGCAGAAGAAGCAGUAGAGAAGCAAGAGGAAAAGACUGAGGAGGCAGCACCUCCGAAAGAGGAGGCAGAGAAAGAGGAGACAGCCGAAAAGAAGGACGACAAAGAAGAAACGAAGGAAGACCCUCCCCCCUCUGCGCCGCAGGAGUAAUGAUGUCAUGAUAUUCAAGUGUAAACCUCUUAAAGCAUUAAAUGCAUAUACGUACAGAAUCAAAAGAACUGUACCUCCAACUUUGUGAUAUGGACCUGUUAGAUGUACGGCAAAAACAACAAGCUCUAAUUCAGAUCGCCUUGCUAUGUUAAGUGAUGUGACGUCCGGCUGGAGAAGGCUGUCGCUGGCGUGUGAUGAGUGAAGCAGGUUAAAAGCCCAGUGCAUCUCUGUAGCUUGGAAAAAAAAUGCUCUGUUGUGUUGGUUUUUAGAACAGUGUUGGUUUUUAUAUUGUAACAGAUCUGUAGUACAUUGUGAGUGCUCAACCUGUGCCUGAUUACUGUCACUAAUAUUUGUUGUCUUAAUCCUGUUAAUGAAUGCACUACAGACCCACUUAAGUACCAUGUUUACAGUCAAAAACAACGCAACUCAAUCAGUGGUGAGUCUCUCACUGUUUACAAUAAUACCAGCUGACGCCAAAAUGUUACAGACAUAUUUGAUAUAGUGUACAAAUACUGGAUCUUGUUUUUCCUAUGGAACUUAUGUACAUACAGUAGUGUAUGUCUGUUUUCUUGAGUUUUUUGGCUUCAGUCUCGUAGAGAUCCAUGACGGGAUCCUCUGUAUUGUAUUGUAUUGCCACCUACUUGCCUUGGUAUUUCAGACUGGCGUAAGUGCUGUGAUUGUGACGCAGCUGUUGUGACCUCUUGGACUCUGCAGGCCCCCCACACACACACACACACACACACACACACACACACACACACACACACACACACACACUCCUAUUGUUUACUGACCACCACCGCCCCCACCUGCCUUGCUUUGUCCCACCCUUCAGUCUGUCUCUCUUUUUCUGUCUGUCCGUCUGUAAGUGCUGCAUGGUGUUGACAUGGCCUUCUGAAUGCUAACAUAUUAAGUCUAUAUACGCUUUUGUACCUUUUUUUCUUCUUUGUCUCAUUGUGAAACAUGUAAGAUGAUUUUCCACUGGAACCGCUGACAUUCCAUAUUUACUGGGUGUAGAUCUUGAUUAAAGGUGAUUGUAUUUA